UCGUUCAGUGCCUUUCCCGAGAUGCAGCUGGAAAUAUGAAAAUUCAGUAUCUUGGCACUGUGUACAAAGCCCAAAUAUUGACCAAGUUAGCGGCAGAGCUGAAGAAGUACAUGCUUGAAAAAGUGUCAGAUGACACUAGUAAUAUCUUGAGAUCACCAAUGCCAGGAUCAGUUGUCACUAUAGGUGUUGCUCCUGGAGAUCAGGUUACUGAAGGUCAGGAGGUCUGUGUGAUUGAAGCAAUGAAAAUGCAGAACAGUUUGGCUGCUGCGAAAUCUGGCAAGGUAAUGAAGGUACACUGCAAGCCAGGAGACACAGUUGGAGAAGGAGAUAUUCUUAUUGAAUUUGAGUGAUGUGUAUUCUACAGAGGAGCAUUUUAUAAGUUUUAUCUCAUAUCAUGUACAUGGAUUUUCGAUUGUAACUCCUCACUGUAAAAAUCUGGUAGACAUUCCUGUAUGGAUUUUCUUUUUACAACUUCAGUAAUAUUUACUGUUAUUUUUGCAGAACAGGAACACUAACUAUUCCCCAUGUGUAGAACUGGCAGCAUUGCUAAAUUUUGAAGUUUUCCCUAGCUCAGUGGUAUGGAAAUGUACUAUGAUACUGAGCUGCUAAUCAAAAUAUUUGACCUUAAUUGAGGAGGAACAUUAUCACCAGUUUCAAAGGAAAAUUAAUGGACAUUUUACGGUUACACCUCCAACUUCCUCACAUUUAUUGAUCCAUGUUUUUUUCAAAAUAAGUAAAAUGCUUUUCAAA